AUGAAAAAAUAUAAAAAACUACUUAAACCAAUUCGAUCCCUUGAUUUCUUUAAUAAGCCAGUUUCUCUACUAAUCAAAGAUUAAGAGCGUCAUAAAACCUAUUGUGGUGCCUUUCUAACUUUAAUUAUAAUAACUAUGAUGAGUGUCCUUUUAUGCAUGAAUUUCAUUAAUUUAGAUAAAAAUCCUCGUUCUUAUCAAUAUUAGAUCUACCAUCAAGUCUUAAACUCCACUCAAUUUAUGAAUUUUACAAUUCAUAUAACUGGAUUAGAAGAACAAAACAUAAAUGUCAGUACUUAAGAUGGGCCACUUUCUUUCACAUAGAAUCUUUAUCAUUACUCUAAAUAAAUAAGUCUAUAUGAAUCAGAUUAAAGAGUUUAAUAUGUUAUCAUUGAGAUAUCUCUGAAUAAUGCUAGUCAAGUACAUAAAUAAGAGGAAAGUCUUGAAUUUUAAUUGUAAAUACCAACAUUUUAUUAUGAUUUAAAAGAUGUUAAAGAUCCUAUAAAAACUAGAAUAGAGAAAAUAGAUACAACUUUAAGUCGAAAUAUUUAAAAAAGAAUUGAUAUUUAUAUGAGUCCAUUUACAGUAAUUUCAGAUGAUGGAAUGGUGUUUAAAGAUGAGAAAUUUGAAAGUGUAUUAGCAUAUCAAUACCAUUAAGAAACUUAUGAAGUUGGUGAUGGUUAAAAAUUACUUCAAUUCAGAAUAAGACUUAAUAAAACAGAAUUUGUUCAUUAUAGAUAAUAUCCUAAACUAUAGUAAAUUCUUGGAGAAGCUGGUGGAUUAUGGAAUGUUAUUUUUACAUUAGCCAUGUUCUUAUAAUUACCAUUUAGUAAUUUAUCCUAUCGAUUGUAAAUUGUUAACUCUCUUUUUAAUUUUUCUAAUGAUGAUGAUGCAACCACUUAAAAUGAUAGGAUUUAGAUUGUUAAUGAUAAAUUAAAUGAAAAAGUUACUAGUCCAUAAUAAUAAUUAGAUAAAAAAAUACCAUUAUGUUAGAGUGAAGUGAAUAUUCCAAUGGUACCAUUAUUUAAAAAGUAGAAAUCUUGGAGUUAACUCAAUUAAUUGAAUAUUAAAAAAAGAUUAUAUAGUAUAUAAAGAAAGAGUUAAAUGAUCACAGAAGCUGAUACUGACAAUUAGAAGGCACAUAUAACUAAUGAAAUUUCAGCAUCCAUUAAACGGUUUUUUAGAGUUGUAACAAAGAAACUGUAUUUAAAUGUUUUGGAAUAUAUUACUUUUCAAUUUCCAAGAAGAAAGAACAAAGAUAACAUAAAACAUUCACAAUUUUAAUUUGCUGUUAAUAGGAUCUAAAAAUCACUUGAUAUUUUGUAUAUUAUCAAUAAAUUACAUGAAAUUGACAAAUUGAAAUUCAUACUUCUUAAUAAAGCCUAAAUCAAAAUGUUUGAUUAUUUACCUAAACCCUUUAUAGGAGCAGAUCCUUAAGAUAUUUCUGAAGAUAAUUUCUGUUCACUUUUGAAACCUGCAAAGACUCCAUAUUAAAAGGCACUAGAAGCUUAAUAGGCAUUUAAAGAGAUUAUAACAAAUUAUUAGGAUCCAAUAAAUUAGAAAUUGAUAAAUAGUAUGGAUGAACCUAUUAUCGAUUUAAUGAAACUAUAAUUGAAUCAAGAUAUUUAGAUAUUAGAUACAUCAGUAAUUAAUUAAUUAGUGCAAAGUUCAGAAUAUAAAUUAGAUACAGCAAGAUAAUGA